AACCCCCACAAGCAGAAGCAGCAGUAGCACAGAGUUCUCACCUCGUAUAUAUAGAUAUAAUAUCUGUUUCUAUUGCUCUAUUAUUCCCAACCAAUACAGAAUUAAUGGAUGACCAGAGAAUCUGAUACAUCAAUCUCUCUCUCUGCUUUCUCUCUCCCUGAGCUUAAUUUUGCAGUAACCUAGCUAGGGUUUUACGAUGAGGAAGCCCUGCUGCGAGAAGACGGAGACGACUAAAGGGGCGUGGUCGAUCCAAGAAGAUCAGAAACUCAUUGACUACAUCCAAAAACACGGCGAAGGUUGCUGGAAUUCGCUUCCUAAGGCUGCAGGGUUGCGUCGUUGUGGUAAGAGUUGUCGACUGAGAUGGAUAAACUAUCUACGACCUGAUCUUAAACGAGGGAGCUUUAGUGAAGAUGAAGAGGAUCUCAUCAUCAGGCUUCAUAAACUCCUUGGGAAUAGGUGGUCGCUAAUAGCUGGAAGACUGCCUGGAAGGACAGAUAACGAAGUGAAGAACUACUGGAACUCUCAUUUAAAGAAGAAGAUACUGAACACAGGCACUACUCUUCGUCCAAAUAAGCCCCGCCCUGAGAUUAAGCAUGCACCUUAUAACAAACUUGUCAAGUACUUCAAUGAGAUGGACGAUGAGGUCGUUGAUGAGGUCUCAUCAGCCGAUUCUGCUGCUGGCUGUUUGGUGCCUGAGUUGAAUCUCGACCUCACUUUAAGCAUCAAGACUAGUACUGGAAUGGCUGAUCCUCAAGUUGCUUAAAUAUUACGUCGAAAAUCAUCAGAUAAAUGUCUAUAUAAUUUCUUUUUAUUUACGUAGUACCUUUCCUCUCCAGGGCAAGCUUCUUUUAGACAAUCGUGCUUGGAUUUAUGACUACAUGUUGAAUUGUAUAUAAAGGUACUUGAAUUUCAGGUAAAGACUUGGAAGAAGAAGAAGAAUUGUUGGAAAUGGCCAAACAGUGUAAGACUGUAAGCUAAUUCUCAUGCCACGAGAAGCUUAUCUGCUUUUACCACUACUUAUAGGAAAAGCUAUAUAUGUGUUAUCUCUUGUAUUGACCAAUAUGCAGUGUAUGAAAUACCCUGAUGAGAGAAGUAGAGGUUGUUCUCUCCCUGAAUAUCUGGCAAUGAAAUUUAUGUUAUUGUCUAUAUAUAUGCAUGUAUGUAUUUGUAU